AUGUCAGGAGGAAACAAGACUCUGGUGACUGAGUUUGUUCUCACAGGACUUACAGAGCAACCAUGGCUGGAGGUCCUCUUCUUCCUCGUGUUCUUAGUUAUCUACCUCACCACCAUGGUGGGCAACCUUGGACUGAUGGCUCUUAUUUGGAAGGAUGCCCAUCUUCACACACCCAUGUACUUGUUCCUCGGUGGUUUAGCUUUUGCAGAUGCUUGCACUUCAACUUCUGUAACUCCCAGGAUGCUGGUCAAUUUCUUAGAUAAGACUGCAAUAAUAUCCCUAGCUGAGUGCAUCACCCAAUUUUAUUUUUUUGCUUCCAGUGCAACUACAGAAUGUUUCCUACUGGUAGUAAUGGCCUAUGACCGCUAUGUAGCCAUAUGUAACCCCUUGCUUUAUCCAGUGGUGAUGUCCAACAGACUCUGCACUAGACUGGUAAGUAUUGCAUAUGCAAUUGGUAUUAUACAUCCCCUGAUUCACGUGAGCUUGUUAUUAAGAUUAACUUUCUGCAGGUCUAACAUAAUAGAUUAUUUCUACUGUGAAAUUUUACAACUGUUCAAAAUUGCAUGCAAUGACCCAUCUAUUAAUGCAUUAAUGACAUUUAUUUUUGCAGCUUUUAUACAAAUAUCCACUUUAAUGGCCAUCAUAAUCUCUUAUACUCGUGUGCUCUUUGACAUUCUGAAAAAAAAGUCUGGAAAGGGCAAAAGCAAAGCCUUCUGCACAUGCAGUGCCCACCUGCUCUCUGUCUCAUUGUACUACGGCACUCUCAUCUUCAUGUAUGUGCGUCCUGCAUCUGGCCUAGCAGAAGAUCAGGACAAAAUAUAUUCCUUAUUUUACACAAUUAUAAUUCCACUGCUAAACCCAUUUAUUUACAGCUUGAGAAAUAAAGAAGUGAUAGGUGCCUUGAGAAGAGUUGCAAAGAAGUAG